GUUCCGAAGACACCACGCAGGAGGCCCGGCUGAGGCUCAUCCUGGCGGGGAAGACGGGGGCCGGGAAGAGCGCCACGGGGAACAGCAUCCUGGGCCAGAAGCGCUUCCUCUCCAAGCUGGGCGCCACCUCGGUGACCAGAGCCUGCGAGGUGGGGAGCUGCAGGUGGGGCCGGUGGCGCGUGGAAGUCCUGGACACGCCGGACCUUUUCGGCUCCCAAGUCCACAGGACAGACCCGCGGUUCGAGGAGCGGACCAGCUGCUACCUGCUGUCGGCGCCCGGGCCCCACGCGCUGCUGCUGGUGACCCAGCUGGGCCGCUUCACGGCGCAGGACCAGCAGGCCGUGAGCGCGCUCAAGGCGCUGUUCGGCGACAGCGUGGUGGCGCGCACCGUCGUGCUCUUCACGCGCAAGGAGGACCUGGCGGGCGCCUCGCUGCAGGGCUACGUGCGCGACACCGACAACCGCGCGCUGCAGGCGCUGGUGGCCGAGUGCGGGGGCCGCGUGUGCGCCUUCGACAACCGGGCGGCGGGCGCGGAGCGGGAGGCGCAGGUGCAGGAGCUGCGGGCGCUGGUGGAGCGCCUGCUGCGGGACCACGACGGCGCCCCCUACUCCAACGAC